GGAGAACACAGGAUCCUGGGCCCAGAUCGGAGAGGGCACAGGGCCAGGGACUCUGGCCAGACAUAGGCCCAGGUCUGUGGCUGGCCAACUGCGGCUGUGGGGCCUGGCAUGUGUCUCAACAUGGCCCUGGAGCUCUACAUGGACCUGCUGUCAGCACCCUGCCGUGCCGUCUACAUCUUCUCGAAGAAGCAUGACAUCCAGUUCAACUUUCAGUUUGUGGAUCUGCUGAAAGGUCACCACCACAGCAAAGGAUACAUUGACAUCAACCCCCUCAGGAAGCUGCCCAGCCUCAAAGAUGGGAAAUUUAUCUUAAGUGAAAGCGUGGCCAUCCUUUACUACCUGUGCCGCAAGUACAGCGCACCAUCACACUGGUACCCGCCAGACCUGCACGUACGUGCCCGUGUGGAUGAGUUCAUGGCUUGGCAACACACGGCCUUUCAGCUGCCCAUGAAGAAGAUAGUCUGGCUCAAGGACUUAUGCCUGCUGAGCUCCCCAAAUCCUUGUGAACACAUGGUUCCCGGCACCUUCCACCAAUCAGAACUGCUAAAAGAGUUGCUGAUCCCAAAGAUAACAGGGGAGGAAGUUUCAGCUGAGAAGAUGGAGCAUGCAGUGGAAGAGGUGAAGAAGAGUCUGCAGCUCUUCGAGGAGAAGUUUCUGCAGGAUAAGAUGUUCAUCACCGGGAACCAAAUCUCACUGGCUGACUUGGUGGCCGUGGUGGAGAUGAUGCAGCCCAUGGCAGCCAACUAUAAUGUCUUCCUCAACAGCUCCAAGCUAGCUGAGUGGCGUAUGCGGGUGGAGCUGAAUAUCGGCUGUGGCCUCUUUAGGGAGGCCCAUGAUCGACUAAUGCAGUUGGCCGACUGGGACUUUUCAACAUUGGAUCCAAUGGUCACGAAGAAAAUCUGUGAGUUUCGGGAGAAGUACUUGUGACCCUAAUCGCAGCCCAUCCUGCAGGGCCUGGCUGGCUCAAUGAUCUGAGCCACCUUCCUUAAAGGAAAUGCUAAAAAAACAACUGUUCUUUGCCUAAUAAAGAACUGGAACAACAUCACA